UAGGGUCUGUGCUCUCAAUCCCAUGCGAAGAAAAUCGUAAGUGAGACAAGUCCAUAUUCUUGCCCUACCAUGAGGACUGAGGGCUACCCUAAGCCCUCUUUCCUCUCACCCUAUUCUUCUUCAAUAGUAGUUAGAAUUCUCAUCCUCAUCACCAUUUGUAUCGAGAUCUUGAUUUCGUUUCUCGGUGGAAAAUCUUCGGCCGCGGGGGCUCUCCAAAGUAAUGGGUCGCCGAGGGUGCCGGCAGUCAUUGUGUUCGGGGACUCAAUUGUCGAUCCGGGCAAUAACAACAACAUAAAGACUCUGGUGAAGUGCAAUUUCCCCCCUUAUGGGAGGGACUUCACGGGAGGGAAACCUACGGGGAGGUUUAGCAAUGGAAGAGUCCCCUCCGAUUUCUUAGCGGAACUAUUUGGGGUGAAGGAAUACCUGCCGGCGUACUUGGACCCUAAUCUGAAGACUGAAGACCUCCUCACUGGCGUCAGCUUCGCCUCCGGUGCCACCGGCUACGAUCCUCUCACUCCCCAAAUCGCAUCAGCAUUGUCAAUGUCGGAGCAACUGAAACUCUUUAAGGAAUACGUGGGGAAGAUAACGGCAGCGGUCGGAGAAGAGCAGGCGGCAACUAUUGUGACGGAGAGCAUAUACAUAAUAGUCUGUGGAAGCGACGACAUCGCCAACACGUACUUCAUCACUCCCUUCCGGAAAGCCCAAUACGACGUGCCCUCCUAUACCGACCUCAUGGUUGAUUCGGCCUCGAGUUUCUUUAAGGAACUGUACGGGCAGGGGGCGAGGACGAUCGGGGUGAUAAGUGUGCCGCCUAUAGGGUGUGUGCCGUCACAGAGAACCCUCAGCGGUGGCUUGGAGAGGGGGUGCUCAGAGAAAGCGAAUCAAGCGGCUCAGCUCUUCAACUCGAAGCUUUCUGCUCGGAUUGACGCUCUGAAUGCACAGCUUCCUGGGAGCAGGCUCAUCUACUUGGACAUCUACUCCCCUUUCCUCGACCUCAUCAGGAAUCCUUCUAAAGAUGGAUUCGAGGUCGGGAACAGGGGAUGUUGUGGCACGGGAAAUAUAGAGGUCAGCGUACUAUGCACUCGUCUAUCUGACCCCAAAACUUGCAAGGAUGACACUAAGUUCGUGUUCUGGGACAGCUACCACCCGACAGAGAGAGCCUACAAGAUACUCACCACGCGUACAUACAAUAAGUACAAAAGCAUGUUUUACUAAUCGCCAUCUCUUGUCGUACGAUACUCACUACGAUCGCUUGUCAAUUUAUGAUGGUUAGGAGAAGCAAAAGCAGCCUUCGUAACGCCGUCACGAUCACUGAUGUUCUAUCAUAAUUUUCCCGUUGUAUCCUACUAUUCUCUGUGGUUGAUAUAUUCAAGCAUAUUUAUUGAAGCA